ACCCUGGCGAUGAUUGAGAGCCAUAUUCAGGCCUUUGAUGGAGAUGCUGGUCGUGACACUCUGGGAGUCUCACUAAUAAACUCAGCUCGGAUUAGAGAGAUCUUGAAGUCCCAGCGGAAGCAUGUGGCCUGCAUCCAGGAUCCUCUAGGUGUGCAGCUCUACAUGCAGACAGGCACUGUAGUGAAGGGAGGGCACCAUCAACCUACCACUGUGCCAGAGGUUCCACUUCGCUUGAGUCAUUUCACAUGCACCUUAACAAAUUCAUCCCAGGUAUGCUGGCAAGUGACACCUUCUUCCAGGCGCAUCUUUUGGAUGGACUUACAAGGUGGAAUGAGGACCGGGCUGUGGCAGCAACAACUGAUGAGCAACAGCCACAUUCCUACAAUCAUCUUCUGCGUCUGCGUCAAUGAUUAUGUUGGACCUGAUAAUAUUGAGGGGUAUGGAGCCGUGCAGGACUUGGCAGAGCUUUUGGUUAGCCUCAGAGACCACCGUCUGGCCUUGACUGGAGAAGAGUGCAUCAAGAUCAUCACGCUAUGGCAGGCAUUGGGGGAGUAUGACAAGAAUAAGACCAUUUACCCACCAUGUCACCAAACCACCCUAAAACAGGGACAAUUCAGGGCCAUUAAGAAGAUUGUGGCACCAGGUGUGGAGAGCACCAAAAGGUGUUUCGUUGGGGCUCAUAGUCCUGCACAGUGGCCUGACUGCAACUGA